AUGACAUCGAACAAGCUCGCCCUCGGGCUCAUGGCCCUGGGCCAGUUGGUCUCAGCGCAGAAGCCCGGCGGGACCCCUGACGUCCACCCUGAGCUGAAGACGUACCGGUGCACGACGGCGGACGGCUGCGCGGAGGCGACCAACUACCUGGUGCUGGACUCGUCGGCGCACUGGGUGCACCAGCUCAACGACAACAGCGCGGGCUGUGGGAGCUGGGGGAGCAAGCCGGACGCGGCGGCGUGCCCGACCAAGGAGGACUGCGCCAAGAACUGCAUUAUGGAGGGCCAGUCCGACUACACCAGCAUCGGCGUCACGACAGAAGGGGACUCACUAAACAUGCAGCUGAUCGUCGGCGAGAACGUCGUCUCCCCGCGCAUCUACCUGCUAGACGAGGCCAAGGAGAAGUACGAGAUGCUGCAGCUGACGGGCAAGGAGUUCGCGUUCGACGUCGAGGUCAGCCACCUGCCCUGCGGCAUGAACAGCGCCCUCUACCUCUCCGAGAUGCUGGCGGAUGGUGGCAAGAGCGAUCUGAACACGGGUGGAGCUGCAUGGGGCACGGGAUACUGCGACGCCCAAUGCUAUGUUACGCCUUUCAUCAACGGUGAAGGCAACGUCGACGGCAAAGGCGCCUGCUGCAACGAGAUGGACAUCUGGGAAGCCAACUCGCGCGCGAACCAGAUCGCACCUCACCCGUGCAACCAAACCGGGCCCUACCUCUGCAGCGGCGACGAGUGCCAAGCGAGCGGCGUGUGCGACAAGAGCGGGUGCGGGUGGAACCCAUACCGUCUAAACCAGCAAGGCUACUACGGGCGCGGGUCCAACUUCACCGUCGACACGACCAAGAAGUUCACCGUCGUGACGUCCUUCCCCGCGGACCCCGCCGGCGCGCUGAAGGAGAUCCACCGGACGUACAUCCAGGACGGCACGGUGAUCAGGGCCGAAGUGGUGAAGAAGGAAGGGGUGCCGGAGGUGGCGUGGACGGACGACGAGUACUGCGCGGCGACCGGGGCGACGCAGUUCGUGGACCUGGGGGCGCACGAGACGAUGGGCGGGGCGCUGACGCGCGGCAUGGUGCUCGCGUUCAGCAUCUGGUGGGACGAGGGCAGCAACAUGUCGUGGCUGGACGGCGCGACGGACGGCGCGGGCCCCUGCAACGCGACCGAGGGCAACCCGUCGAACAUCAAGAAGAUCGAGGCCCACCCCGAGGUCACGUUCAGCAACCUCAAGUGGGGGGACAUCGGCGCGACGUAUAAGGGGGAGUGA